AUGUCAAAUGAAACAGCGUCUAUGAGAGAAAUACAACACAACCGACAACUCAUUAUACAAGCUCUAAAUAAGAACACAACAAACUUUUCAAACUAUUCUAAGAUAUCUGAGUCAUUGAAAGAAGGAAACUUAAAACUGACAAUGAACCCAAUGACAGAUGAGUUUCUGUUUCAAGACAAUAGGAACCAUACUGUCUGUAUAAAUCCAACAAAAGGAACUUUAAACGAGAAGCCUAUAGAUGAACUUCUUUUGAAAGCAGAUGUUGACAACAAAGCUGACAAAGAGUAUGUUGACGAUGAGUUAGCACGUAUGGCUAGUGCGUUAGUGAAGAAGGCAGAUAAGGAAUAUGUGGAUGAAAAAGACAAUGAAAUUAAAGAAAGGGUUGAAUGGUAUAAUGAACGGACAUCGAAGAUUUUAGAAGGUAAAGCCAAUACAGGGUGGGUUUCAGGAUGUUUAGACCUUAAAGCGGAUAAGAACCAUACACAUACCAUUGCAAAUAUUACAAACUUACAAGAAACCUUAAACAGGAAAAGUGACGUUGGACAUACACACGAUUUCUUCGCAACUGUUGGUAUAGAAAAUAUUGAAGGAACGGUUGAAGGAGCUGGUGGGGAUGUAUUAGAUUGGAAACCUCCUAACUUUCCACAAGGUUUAACAUCGGAAGAAGACAUAACAACGAUGAGAUACAUUAGAUGUAGAAAUGUCUAUGUCAUGGAGGAUGAAAACAAAGUUAAAUUCACUGCUCAAGAUUUAUAUGAUAAAAAAGCUGACAAAACAGAGCUUCAAACAUUAAAGACAGAAAUACUUCAAACCAUUUACCCAGUUGGUUCUAUUUAUACGUCAAUGAACUCUACCAGACCAGAAGUAGUACUUGGUUUUGGAACUUGGACUCAAAUAUUCGAAAGUUUUUUGUAUUGUGCACACACUCCAAAGAAAACAGGUGGAAGUAAAACGAUAUCUGUCGACAACUUGCCACCACAUAGUCAUUCUGGUACAACAAACUUUUCUGGCGACCAUAGCCACUCAUUACGAGACCAUCCAUUAUACAACUCAGAAUAUGAAGCUGGCUAUGACGUUUUAUCUCCAGAUUAUAACCAUUCAGCAAAAAAGACUUUUCGACAAACUGAACCAGGAGGAAACCACCAACAUACUUUUACAACAACAUCUACAGGACUAGGUAAAAAAUACAUGCCACCUUACAUGACAGUUUGUGCAUGGUAUAGAAUUGCUUAG